AUGAGAUAUCAAUUUGCUCCAUCACUCCAACACGCAAGCUCAAAGUCACCCAUCUACUUCAAGACAUUGCUACCUCAAUCACUUCAGUCUUUCAAAAUCACAGCAAAUCAAAAGUACUCAUUCAUCAUGCCUGGCAAGGUCGUCUCCCGAGAGGAAUGGCUCAAGGCCCGCAAAGAUCUCCUCGACAAAGAGAAAGCAGCUACCCGCGCUGCUGCGGAGUUCAGAUCACAGCUUCAGAACGAUUUCCCGAUGGUGAAGCUCGACAAAGAGUACACAUUUGAGGGACCAAACGGCAAAGCAACACUUUCCCAACUUUUCGGAGCACGGAAGCAGCUCGUAAUCUACCAUUUCAUGCUUGCACCAGGGGAAGAAGCUGCCUGUGAGGGGUGCUGCUUCAUGGCCGAUAAUUUCCCCUCGUCGCGUGAACACCUCAACUCUCGCGACACGACAUUGGUCAUGGUUUCUCGCGCCCCAAUUCAUGAGAUCGAGAAAUUCAAGAAGAGAAUGGGAUGGAACUUGCCGUGGUACUCCUCCUUUGAUUCAGACUUUAAUUAUGACUUCCAUGUGACUCUCGAUGAGUCUAUUGUACCUGUAGAAUACAAUUACACGAAAACCUCAAAACCUGAGAAGGGCGAGCGUCCAGGCUUGAGUGUCUUCCUCAAGGAGUCUGACGACGUUUUCCACUCGUACUCGACAUAUUCGAGAGGUCUUGACCCUAUUCUAUCGACUUACGCCUUACUUGACUUCACCCCGCUUGGUAGACAGGACACCAAGAUGAACCAUUGGAAGCGACACGACGAGUAUACCGAGGAGGACACGAAGGGUACGGUGCAGUAA